AUGCCACUUUGGGGCAUCGCAGCUGGAGCCCCUUCCAUCACUCUCACUCGAGUCAGCCCGACGACUCCGAUUGGCAAUCCGCGGCUUUGGCAGUCAGCGGCGGGCAGCAAUUAUCCGAUUCGGCUGGCGAUUUGUUCUAAUGCUUUAUCGCUUUUAGUGGCUACUUUUGAGUUUGAGUUGUUAGACUGUUGUUUUGUUUUAUUGGAAGAGCAGUUUAAGUUGUUUGUUUGGCCGUGGGUAGGGAUAGUAGCAAACAUCCCUGUUGAGAAAAAGGAUGGGUGUUACAUUGGGAAAAGCGGGUCAAAUCUUAGGGAUAAGUUGGCUGCACAGGAUUUCAAUCCAGUAAGGGUUAAUCCCUUGUGGAACUACAAGGGUCAUUCCGGAUUUGCAGUGGUGGAGUUCAAUAGAGACUGGCCUGGAUUUUACAAUGCAAUGAUGUUUGAGAAGACUUUCGAAUCAAACCAAAAGGGCAGAGGGAUUACUUUGCAGCGAAGCACAUUGGAGAUGAGCGAUAUGGAUGGGGUUGCUCGCGACGACCACUCUGGCAAUAUUGUUGGUGAUCAUCGUCGAAAGACUGGAGACAUCAAAAGUAUUGUUGAAAUUGAAGCAGAGUAUAAGCGGAAAAAUACAAAGCUUGCGACAAAUCUGACUAAUGUGAUCGAGGUAAAAAAAUAUGAGUCAGUUGAAAAUGAGCCAUAUUUGCUGUUUGUCAACAUCUGCCCACGGACUCACCAGCAAGAAAAAGAAAACCUUCAUGCAAGAAUUUGGAUCUACAGAAGAAAACAAGUUAUUCGACACAUGGGUGAGGACGGAGAUUUGGAACUGAAGAAGAAGAGGGAUGCACUUCAACAAGAUUUAGCAGAAAAGGAGCAAGACCUCGAAGAUCUAGAAUCCCUGAGUCAAGCUCUCAUUAUAAAGGAAAGCAAAAGCAAUGAGGAGGGCUUGACGGGGAAGUCAUCCCAGGCUACUAUUGGCAUCAAGAGGAUGGGCGACCUUGACACCUUCCCUCUACCAGUUACUAUUUGUGGGGCGUUCUUUCUAGUUCGUCAUUAUAUUUCUGUUCUCCUAUUUUUCCCUUUGACCUUGUCAUUCACCUUAAGAUGGUUUGUUGGAAUGUGGCUGCAGGAAAUUAUUGAUGAAGAUGACGAAAAGCUGAAAAAUCUAAAGAAUGAGCUUGGUGAUGAAGUGUACUCUGCUGUGACAAUUGCUUUGAUGGAGACAAAUGAGUACAAUCCCAGUGGUAGGUACGUAACACCAGAAGUUUGGAAUUACAAGGAAGGGAGGAAAGCAACACUACGCGAAGCAGUAGAUUAUAUAGUCAAGCAGUGGAGAGCGAAAAAGGGGAAGAGAAGCUACUGAAGGUUUUGAGAGGUUGAGUUUCUCUUUUCUUUGACAUAGAGAACAUUGUAGCUUCUUUUUCAAUGGAGGGAUAUAGGCUUACCAAUCCGCUCUAUGAGCGAGCACUAGCAUUUUGAAAAGUUGCAACAAAUUAUAUUAGAGAGAGGUUGAGUUUUUUCUUUUCUUUUCGAAAGAUAUUUAGAUGGUCAUACAACAUGUUUUCAUGACAGUUUUUUUUAUUUCAGAAUGUCAUAUUUUGAAACUAUAAGAUCACUUGACAGAUAGAAUGAGUAUAACCUACAAUGCAACUACUUUUUUAUCUGA